GGCAGCAGAUCCAGCUCUCCUGGGAAGUUGCUAGGAAGUGGAUACAGUGGCCUGGCUACCAGCGCCCAGAGAGUCCCGCAGGUCCCGUCCACUGACAAGAGAAGCAAGAUUCCCCGUAGUCAGGGCUGCAGCCGAGAGACCAGCCCAAGCAGGCUAGGACUGGCCCGGCAGCAGCCGCAUUCCCCGACCCAGCAUGAGUCAGGGGUGCAGCCGCGCGGACACCAGCCGUGAGAGCAGCCGUGACACAAGUCCCGCCAGGGGCUUUGCACCUCUCGGUGAGUACUGCCAGACUGCGAAUCCUCCCCCCCCCC